UGGGCCCUUGAGAUGCGCUGGGCCCCUGAGGUGGCCGCCUUCAUAGCGCGCCGGCUCGGUAGGCGGCUGCGGCCAGGAGGCGUGCAGGGUCGGGAUGUCGGGGCUGCCUACCGACCUGGAGCAGGGGUGCCGGGAGCAGAGCGCACGGGACCCGAGGCGCGCUGGCUUCGUGCUGGGGCUGGACGUGGGCAGCUCUGUGAUCCGCUGCCACGUCUAUGACCUAGCAACGCGGAUCCGUGGCUCCUGCGCGCAGAAGGUAGAAAAUCUUUACCCUCAAGCUGGCUGGGUUGAAAUUGAUCCUGAUGUUCUUUGGCUUCAGUUUGUUACUGUAAUAAAAGAAGCUGUCAAAGGGGCAGGAAUACAGAUGAAUCAAAUUGUUGGUCUUGGCAUUUCAACCCAGAGAGCUACUUUUAUCACGUGGAACAAGAAAACAGGAAAUCAUUUUCACAACUUUAUUAGUUGGCAAGACCUAAGAGCUGUUGAACUUGUAAAAUCUUGGAAUAGUUCUCUUCUAAUGAAGCUGUUACAUAGUUCCUGCCGAGUGCUUCACUUUUUCACUAGAAGUAAACGACUUUUUGCAGCCAGUUUGUUCACUUUCACAACCCAGCAUAGUUCUUUGCGAUUAGCCUGGAUUUUACAGAAUCUGACUGAGGUAAGAAAAGAUUGUUCUGCAUAUGCCACAGAUUUUUCAAAUGCUAGUACAACUGGACUUUUUGACCCGUAUGAGAUGUGUUGGAGUGGACUCAUUACUUCCCUGCUUUCAAUACCACUCUCUCUCCUGCCUCCUGUGAAGGACACGAGCCACUAUUUUGGAUCAGUGGAUGAAGAAAUAUUUGGUGUGCCUAUACCAAUAGUUGCCUUGGUCGCCGACCAGCAGUCAGCCAUGUUUGGAGAGUGCUGUUUCCAGACAGGUGAUGUGAAAUUAACCAUGGGAACUGGAACUUUUUUGGAUAUUAAUACUGGAAAUAACCCUCAACAUACUGUUGGAGGCUUUUAUCCAUUAAUUGGGUGGAAGAUUGGGCAAGAAGUUGUAUGCUUAGCUGAAGGCAAUGCAGGGGACACUGGUACUGCCAUAAAAUGGGCUCAAGAAUUAGAUCUUUUCACAGAUGCUGCUGAGACUGAGAAAAUGGCCAAAAGUUUGGAAGAUUCUGAAGGAGUUUAUUUUGUUCCAUCUUUUAGUGGAUUACAGGCUCCAUUAAAUGACCCUUGGGCAUGUGCCUCUUUCAUGGGUUUGAAGCCUUCCACCAGUAAAUACCAUCUCGUACGAGCAAUAUUGGAGUCAAUAGCUUUCAGAAACAAACAAUUAUACGAGAUUAUGCAGAAAGAGAUCCGUAUUCCUGUAACAAAAAUUAGGGCAGAUGGAGGAGUUUGUAAGAAUGAUUUUGUCAUGCAGAUGACUUCAGACUUGAUUAAUGAGAAUAUAGACAGACCUGUCCACAUUGAUAUGUCAUGCUUAGGUGCAGCUACUUUAGCUGGUCUUGCUGUUGGGUUUUGGACUGACAAGGAAGAACUAAAGAAAUUAAGGCAAAGUGAAAUAGUUUUCAAGCCACAGAAGAAAUGUCAAGAAUAUGAAAUGAGUAUGGAAAACUGGGUUAAAGCCGUGAAACGAUCCAUGAAUUGGUAUAACAAGACAUAAUACUAAAUGAAAUGAUUGAAACCAUGGAUGACUGGUUUAUAUGAUGUGCAGAGGAGACAAAGCUCAGGGAUAACCAAUAUGACAAUGACAGAUUUAAACUGAACUACACAACCUGAGAGAAAAAGCUUUGCUUUUUAAAAAGCUAACAACUAUUACUUUUUUCCCAAACCUUGGUAAGAUUGUAAGGAAGGCAGCAAUACCUUAAAACUUUAUUUCUUCUGUUUUGUAGCAAAUUCCAAAGGACAUUAGCCAUUUUCAACCAUAUUUUGACAAUAUGGGUCCUUUUCCUUUUUAUACUAGGUCAAUAGAACAUAACAGUUUACCAUCUGAGCUGAUAGUUCUGGGUCAAGCACCAUUCACAUUUUGUUCCAAAAUUAUGUGGAAAGUAUUUCUUUAAUUCUUUAAAAUUAAGUGGGUUAUUUGAAGUCCUAAAAAGAAAGAAUAACUGAGAAGAUGUAGAAUUUUGAAAUAUUAAUAUUUUAUAGUUAAAGCCAUAGUUUUUCAAUGUUGUAUCCAAAUAUGGGCUCAGUAUGUCCUUCUCACAUAAGCUUAUUUGUUAGUCAGUGCUUUCCUUUAUUGAGCUUAAAGCCACUGCCUUAAUUUUUUCUUGUUCAACCAAAAUCUGAGCACUAUUUAUAUAUUGAAAAACACUGAAAAACUAAUUUUAGUUGACGAACUAAAAAGGAUGUUGAUUUUUAAGGAACAGAAAAAUACCAUUUAUUUUCCUUCUCAAAUAGCAUUUCUUUCAAAAACUUCUGGUUAAAGUAUAACAUUCUGUUUUUUACAAAUUGCAAGCAGUUAACAUAAAUCUUGCCUUUCUUCUGUUACCUUUCUUAGUUGUUGAGAAGCUUGCAUUAAUGUCUUUUGUUUUUAUUAAGUGCCUAAUUGAUAGAGCUUAGUUUGAAGAAAGUGCCCAAAAUUACUGGUGACUUACGAAUUGCCUUCAUUGGAGUAUUUUGGUUGU